AUGCCAGACGUGGAGGAGGAUUGGCCGACGACUGGCAAGAUUGACUUCAACUGCGUGACUCCCAGCUAUAGAGCUCCUAGCGGGGAGGUACGACGAGCACUCAACAACGCAACAGUGAGCAUCCAGCAUGGCCAGAAAGUCAGCUUGAUUGGGCGCACAGGAAGUGGCAAGUCAUCAAUGAUGCUGACUCUCCUUCACCUGAUUGAGUUUUCCGGCAGCAUCAGCGUGGACAAUCGAGAGAUCAAGACAGUUCCCCGCCACAUCUUGCGUUCUCGAAUUACAACACUGACGCAAGAGGGUGUGGAACUCACGGGCACGGUGCGCUUCAACAUGUUUCCGUUUGACUCGCUUAUUAUGCCUGCAGAUGACCACAUUAUCGCUGCGCUCGAGGGAGUCGGCCUCUGGACACACAUUGAAAGACAUGGCGGGCUGGACGCGGACAUUGCAGAUGCGCGGCUUUCAUAUGGUCAAAAACAGUUGCUGUUUAUCGCCCGCGCUCUUCUGCAACGCGAAGUUAUGGACACCAAGAUUGUGCUUGUAGAUGAGGCGACCAGCUCUCUGGACGCGGAAAUGGACCAGCAGAUACAGGAGCUGAUGGACGAGUCAUUUGCAGAUACCAAAGACAUCACUCGCUCCCAAGCUCCCAAAAGAAGAAGCAGGGUCAUUACCAACAACACCCAGACACUGAUACCAGUCGUCAUACAUUCGAUGCUAUCCACCACCACGUGUACAAGAGCGCCCACAGCCUCCAGGCAGACUGCCCAGCUGGCCAAAGCGGCCAUCACGUCUGCCAAUGCCAGCUCAAGCCCGCAGCUGGCUGGCCUGCGCCUGCGCCUGGCCGCGACGCCCUACUGCUGCCACGGCUGCCGCUCCUUCUCGACGACACCAGUGUCGCGGCUCAGAGACUUUUUCCCCGCCAAGGACACGCAUCUGAUACAGACGACGCCGGCCGCCUGGCCGCACCCCGGCUACUCCUACGAGGAGAUGACGGCCGUCGUGCCCGCGCACCGCAAGCCGCGCACCUUCGGUGACUGGUUAGCGUGGAAGACAGUUCGCUUCGCACGCUACUGGAUGGACAAGGCGACAGGCAUGGACCGCCAACAGCAGGUCGAUAAGAGCCAUCCCACGACGGCCGUCGAGGCGGAGAAACCCUUGACGGAAGCCCAAUGGCUUAUUCGAUUCGUCUUUCUUGAGAGCAUUGCUGGUGUGCCCGGCAUGGUCGGCGGCAUGCUUCGGCAUCUUGGCAGUUUGCGUCGCAUGAAGCGCGAUAAUGGCUGGAUCGAGACCCUUCUCGAAGAAAGCUACAACGAGAGAAUGCAUCUCCUGACAUUUAUGAAGAUGUGCGAGCCUGGCUGGUUCAUGAAGCUCAUGAUUAUCGGUGCACAGGGUGUCUUUUUCAAUGGCAUGUUCCUCAUGUAUCUUGCGAACCCCAAGAUUGUGCAUCGCUUCGUUGGCUAUCUCGAAGAGGAGGCCGUGCACACAUACACGAGAUCGAUUAAAGAGAUUGAAGACGGCCACCUGCCACGUUGGGCAGAUCCCAAGUUUCGCAUUCCUGAUAUCGCCAUUCAGUACUGGAGAAUGCCAGAAGGUCAUCAAACCAUGAAGGAUCUUCUUUUGUACAUUCGCGCCGACGAAGCCGGCCACAGAGGAGUCAACCACACUUUUGGAAACCUGAAUCAAAAGGAAGACCCCAACCCCUUUGUUAGCAAGUUCAAAGACCACAAGGAAGCGCCGAAUCCCAGCUUGAAGCCGGCUGGGUUCGAACGUGACGAGGUUGUCUGA